CACAGGACAGCCCUGCAAUCACACAAGCUCCAGCUCUGCUCGUGGUUCUCCUAGUUUUAGUAGCAUCAUGAAGGUCUCCAUAGUCACUCUGGCUGCUCUGCUCCUCGUGGCCAUCUUCUCCCUGACUGAGGCCCAUCUCGGCACUGGCCCUGCUGCCUGCUGUCUGCAAUACGUGCCCUUCCCUAUCCGUCGCAAUUUGAUCACCUCUGUCUACAAGACCAGCAAGAGCUGCAGCCUGCCAGGAAUAAUCCUGGUUACCAAAAAGGGAAUGCAGUUGUGUGCAGACCCCCAAGCAUCCUGGGUGCAGGCACAUAUGAAGCACUUCCAGAUGGAGUAGUGACCCUUCCCCGCUGCCACCCUCGUGCACCAGCCUCAGCCCCCAGCACCAGACAUAUAACAGAGCAC